ACAUCGUAUUUUAUUUCCUUUUUUGGGUAAACAAUUAAAACUCGAGAUUCCUGCUUGGUUGUUUCUGUCUUCCUUCGUCUCUUAUUCAUUCCUAGCUUUUGCUUGGUGCUUCUAACUCCUGCACUUAGAGGCAGGCUUCCAAGCGUAGGAAGCUUAUACGCCUCGUAGAGAAUUUUCUUUAAACAAUUAAUUUCUUGGUUGGAAAAAAUGGAAGACGGAAACCCAGAUGCUUCUUCAAACAAAGCCCCCUCUGUUUCUCAGGUGGUAGAGGAGUUAAAAGAGCUGUGGGGUAUAACCUUUCCGGUCACUGCCAUGAACUUCUUGGUGUUUUUUAGGCAGGUGGUCUCUGUUUUAUUCUUGGGCAGAAUUGGAAGCCUGGAACUAGCAGGUGGCGCACUAGCUAUAGGAUUUACAAAUAUUACCGGCUAUUCUGUUAUGGUGGGUUUAGCCGCUGGGUUAGAACCCAUAUGCAGCCAAGCCUACGGAAGUAAAAAUUGGGAUCUCCUCUGUCUUUCUCUGCAACGCAUGAUCUUAAUCCUCCUCUUUGCAACUGUACCCAUCGGUUUUCUCUGGCUUAACCUUGACAACAUCAUGGUAUUUUUAGGUCAAGACCAUCUAAUAACAAGUAUGGCGGCUAUUUACUGCAUUUAUUCUAUGCCAGACCUUUUAACAAACACCUUGUUGCAACCAUUAAAAAUAUUUUUAAGGUCGCAAAAGGACACAAAGCCCAUGAUGUAUUGCACUCUAGUAGCAGUUGGCCUUCAUGUGCCUCUGAACUACAUGAUGGUGGUGGUGCUGGGGAUGGGGAUGCGAGGAGUGGCAAUGGCUUCGGUGCUUACAAAUUUGAACAUUGUGGGAUUGAUGUCUGGAUACGUGUGGGUAUGGGGAAGGAAGGGGGAGAUGAGAUGGACUUUGAAGUUGGGGGAAGUUUGCGGAGGCAUGGGGCCAGUAAUGAAGUUGGCUGUACCGAGUUGCUUGGGAAUAUGUUUGGAGUGGUGGUGGUAUGAAAUAGUGACAGUGUUGUCUGGUUAUUUAUCCAAUCCAACGUCGGCUGUGGCGGCCACUGGGAUUCUCAUCCAAACUACAAGCAUGAUGUACACCGUACCCCUGGCUCUCUCUGGUUGUGUCUCCACCAGGGUGGGGAAUGAGCUGGGAAGUGGAAAGCCAAAGAAAGCGAGAGUUGCAGCAAUGGUGGCAUUGGGAUGCGCAUUUGUGAUAGGUGGAAUAAACGUGACGUGGACGGUGAUUCUGAGGCAGACAUGGGCCACACUCUUCACACAUGAUGUCUUGGUUAAAUCAUUGGUCUCUUCUGCUUUGCCAAUCAUAGGCCUCUGUGAGCUUUUCAACUGCCCACAGACCACUGCCUACGGCAUCCUACGUGGCACUGCCCGUCCAGCUGUUGGUGCUCGUAUCAAUUUAGCCUCCUUUUACCUUGUGGGCACCCCUGUUGCUCUCGCCCUUGCUUUCGGCCUUCAACUUGGGUUUGUUGGCCUUUGGUUUGGGCUCCUCUCCGCCCAGCUCGCCUGUGCUCUCUCCAUGCUCUACGUCGUCGUUGCCAACACUGAUUGGGAGGCUGAGGCUUUGAAGGCUAAGAGGCUUGCUGGCUUCGAAAUGACUCCCACUACUCUUGCACAUGAGGAAACUAAGGAGUUGCUUGAUGAAAAUGGGCACCAACAUUAUAUUUUUUAGAGAAUGUUGCACAGUUCCACUUCCAAGUGAUGGAUGUUUGACUGCUUGUUGCUUGGGGUAAGGCUUUGUUUGACUAGCUGUUUCUGUCUUUUUUCUUUUCCUUUUUCAAGUCGUUCUCAUCGUGCAACUUUUAAUUAAAUCUUCCAAGUGAUUCUUAACCACCAUUGAUUUGCUAGCAGCAAAUGGAGCAUGACUUUGAUAAAAAGCUAAGAGAUAUGGGAUUCAAUCCAUUGUAAAUUCUCAUCCAUCAGGACCCAAUUAAAAACUCAUAGAUAUAAAAGGAAAAAGAAAUGCUUCCAACUUAUUA